AUGUAUCUUCCUGACCCCCUCCGCGGCUUCCGUAAGUGCAGAACCAAAACAUCACUUCCCACAGGGUUAGGGCUCCCACUACCCCCCUCAUAUCAUAUCAGAUCGGAGGCGUAUUUUACACGCGCGGGCGAUAAGAGAUCGGUGUUAGAGGCUUUUGCUCGCAGCGACGACGCCGUAUUUCCCAUCGAGUACGAUUAUUCUGCGCGGCCUCGCUACCAGCUGCAGAACCACGUUACAUUUGCCGUCGAGACCUACCAUUGGCGACGGCGGUACUGA